AUGGGAACAUUUCAAAUGAAGAAGACUGCGCGGAAAACUAAUGCAGUCGGAAGAGGUGGUGACAUCAAGCCCUCGUGGAAUCCUAAAGGAAUGGCCCCCGUCUCAGAGUGCUGGUCGUUCCAAAAUGGCUACCAGCAGAAGGGUGACCCCAGGUACUCGAAACAGGAUGUAGUGAACUGUGCUGCUCGUGAUGUGCUACCCGUGAGGAUGGCCAUGUCCUCCUCAGCUCCCCAGAUGUCUAGAUAA